AUGACUGAGAAACCGUUCACGAUCACGAUACCAGAUACUCAGCUAUCACUGUUAAAGCAGAAGCUCGAACUCACGCGUCUACCUGACGAAGUCGAGGGAGUUGGAUGGGAACAUGGCGCCCCGAGGGUGGACGUCGAACGCCUGCUUGCGCGUUGGAAGGACGGGUAUGAUUGGCGUGCUGAGGAGGCGGCGCUAAACAAGGAGCUUCCCAUGUUCACCCGCGACAUCUCUGUGGAAGGUCAUGGGGUACUCAACAUUCAUUACGUCCACCGCAGGAGUACAGUUCGCGGCGCGGUCCCGCUGCUCUUUGUGCAUGGUUGGCCAGGAAGCUUCAUCGAAGUACGCAAGAUACUGCCACUCCUUGUUGCGCCCGAUGAUACGAGCGCACCGGCUUUCCACGUCGUCGCCCUUGGGCUCCCAGGCUUUGGCUUCUCUGAAGGGGCAAAGAAACCAGGAUUUGGCGCGAGGCAGAUGGCAGAGGUGGGUCACAAGCUCAUGAUUUCCCUCGGGUACGACGAAUACAUAUGUCAAGGCGGCGACUUCGGAUAUCUGGUCACUAUGAUCGUGGCGAGCACCUACGGGCCCAAGCACGCGAAAGCGUGGCAUACCAAUAUGCCGGAUCGGGUGGCACCCAGUGUCAACAUGCCCUACAGUGAACGCGACCGCGAGGCGUUGAAGCGUAAGGAAAACUUUUUGAAAACUGAAUACGGAUUCGUCGUCCUGCAAAGCACUAAGCCCCAAACACUGGGUUACAGUCUCUCGGAUUCACCUGUCGGGCUGCUUGCAUGGAUAUAUGAGAAGCUGGUUGCAUGGACAGACGGAUAUGCGUGGACAGACGACGAGAUAUUGACCUGGAUCUCCAUCCAUUGGUUUUCACGCGCUGGGCCUACCUCUGCGAUACGGCUUCAUUACGAAACAAGGGUCGGAGGAUAUCAUGCCGAGGACGACUCGGGAGUCAAUUUCAAGCCCGAGUCGUGGAUCACGCCUCAUGGCGAACUUGUGCAGGCAGUUCGUCACGACCGUGGGGGGCAUUUCCCUGCCUACGAGGUGCCUGAUUCUCUGGUUGAUGACUUGCGAAAGAUGUUCGGUCAAGACGGGCCGGCCUAUCGUGCCGUGCUCAACAGCGAUGGUUACUAA